AAAAAUGGAAUAUGCCCACCACAAACGGAUGCAAAAAUUAUUUCAGUUAUGUGGAAAGCCAGCCUUACUGAAAAUAUUAGACGAAUAUCUAAAAGAAAAUAUGUUAUCGUUUUCGGUAUUGCUUGAUCGUCACAAGCAUCGAGUUCUACACCUAUAUAGACUACCGAGUGCUUGUUGUCCAAACGCCAUCAAUUGCAAGAGUCCAGAGAAGCUUCCGCUUGUCAGAAAUCAAUGGCUUAUCUUGUACGACGACACGAAAAAUCCACAUUGUAAUAAAGUCACGUGCGUGUGUAAUGUUAUAACAAACCAUGUACGUGCAUCUCAUUUAGACUUUUACAUACUGUCUUUAUUGAUGGUGACUUUCGUUGCUGGUAAUUCAGACGUUAUGCCCAGCAUACGAGGUCUUCAUCGAGAAUGUAGACUCUGUGAAUUUAUGAGACCUAAAAAGAUAAGCAACGAAGCAUUUGACACGAAAUGGAAAAAUGCGUCAGAAUACCUUCGUAAACUUGGCGUUACUAAAAAACAGAUUGAAGAAGUGAGAACAAUGACAGUAGAAGAUAUACCGGAAUAUGAGCAACCGGAAACAUGUCAAGUGAAAUGGAGACACCGCUUUCUCAAAUGUAGAAUAGUAGCCUAUAUACUGGCUACAUUAGUUAUUAUUGGAGUUCCACUAGGUAUUGGACUGGCUGUAGCUUUAACAUGUAAGUUUGCAUACACUGUAAAAACCUCAUCAUCACGGAAUUAAAGCUAAAUG